GAUGUGGUGUUUAACACUCACCUCUUGAACUUGGACGCUUUCUUUCCCAUCUUCUAGUUUAGUAUUUUGAGGAUGGGUGCCGGCUUCAAGAAGUUCUGUAUGCGAUUUUGCUGUUGCUGCUGCUGUGAGGAUGAUGAGGAGGAAGAAAAGAGACCUUUACUUAGUCACGACACUUUAGAAUAUUUCGAUCGCGAGGCGAAAAAAAGGCGGGACCAAGAGACCAACCUGUGGAACGAACCCGGAGACCCCUCCCACUCCGAGAGAGACGACGACCGCACGCUCUACAACCUGCUGCAGUGCAGAGCCAACACCCAGCGGGGCUCGCAGGGCUACCGGCGUUUGAGCAUCGACAUCGAGGCCAUGAGAGACAUGAGAAGAGAGGUGCGAGAUAAAUGGAAGAUGAUUUUAGAGAAUCUGGGGUUCAUGGCUGAAGCCGAGUCUCUGCUGACCGUGUCUACCAGCGCAUCAAAUGACCGCAUGAGAAACGCAGCGGUCGCCCGCAGCCUUCUGCAGACCCUCCACACCGAGACAUCCUUAUUCAACAGCAAAGAGCCUCCACCCGAGAGAUACCUCUUCAUCAUGGACCGGCUGAUUUAUCUGGAUGCUGCUGAGGAUUUUGUGGCCAAGGCUCGACGCUUCUACCCUCCUAAAGAUGAUGAUGAUGAUGAUGAAGAAGAAGAGGAAAACACCAAUCGAAUAAAUCUUCCUCUGCUGCUGUCCCACAUGAAUCAGAACAUCUCUGGAGGAGAGGACGAGGAUGAUGAGGGCGAGACCACCGGUCCAGAAGAGUGACAAUGAGAUUAGAUUGUGUCGAUGUUUUCAGAAAUCAGCUUGAGGGGUUUUGGAGGUAAAUGGAUUUUGACUGAUGUCGGUUCGGGUCAAGGUGGAUGGGGAUGCUGAAUAUUAAAUGGCGCAAGUUUAAACCAUUUAUUAGACAAAUGCUUUUUUGAGAAAGAGGAGACGGUUUUCAGAAUCAUCAAAAUAGCUGCAGGUCUCACGUUUUAUGUAACUAUGAAUUAUAAGAUCAUUAGAAGAUUCAGGAUUACUGAGGCACUUUGAUAUUGUAAGUCUAAG